CGGCAGUUCUGUCUCCCUGCCUUUCUCUUUCCAGUCUGCGCACAGCUGGCUGUAUCGCGAAAAGCGUUUUACAAGCGCUCUCGCCCCGCCGUUCGCGGAUCGAGCGUGCGGAUAAGCCCGGUCUUUCCGUCGUCCCAGUCGCCGAAGGACAGCGCACACCAGCGGGCCGUUUAUGGCUGCGACGGAGGAUUCGCUAGCGGUCGUCGGAGGAGGCCUGGUGGGAUCACUAUGCGCCUGCCUCCUCGGAAACCGUGGCUUCCAAGUCGACCUCUACGAAUCCAGAGAAGACAUCCGUCUGCAGGAGCACGUGACGGGUCGCAGCAUCAACCUGGCGCUGUCGGUGCGUGGCCGAGCAGCCCUGGCGCUGGUGGGACUGGAGGAGGAGGUGAUCCAGCGGCACGCCAUUCCCAUGCACGGACGGCUCAUUCACAACACGGACGGCACACGGAAACCCAUCCCGUACGGAAGGAAGGGACAGAGCAUAUUCUCCGUUGGCCGCCGCUACUUGAACGAGGUCCUUCUUUCUGCCUGUGAAGCGAACCCCAAUGUCCGGCUACACUUCCGGCACAAGCUGCAAUCGGCCGACCUGGACCAAGCGGAACUGAACUUUCGCGGCCCAGACGGCAAGGAUGUCCGUGUUCAUCACCGCGCGGUGUUCGGCUGCGACGGUGCCUACUCGGCAGUGAGGCGCCAGAUGCUGCGUCGGCCCAUGUUCAACUACUCGCAGACCUACAUCCCGCACGGCUACCUCGAGCUCUGCAUUCCGCCAACAAAGGAUGGAGAGUUCGCCAUGGAGGUGAACUACCUGCACAUCUGGCCCCGCGGCGAGUUCAUGCUCAUAGCGCUGCCCAACCAGGACAAGACGUACACGGCGACGCUGUUCAUGCCUUUCGCCGUGUUUGACGGGCUCACCGACCGACACAAGUUGCUCAGCUUCUUCGACAAGUACUUUCCGGACGCCGUGCCUCUCAUUGGGCAGGACCACUUGGUGAAGAGCUUUUUUGCUGUGAAGGCAUCGCCCAUGGUCAUGAUCAAGUGCAAGCCGUACAACGUUUCGGACAAAUCGUUGAUCCUAGGGGACGCUUCGCAUGCCAUGGUUCCAUUCUACGGCCAGGGGAUGAAUGCGGGAUUCGAGGACUGUUGUCUUUUGAAUGAACUACUGGAUGCCCACGGCCACAACUUGAGUGUCAUCUUCGACCAAUUCACCGAGACGAGGAAUCCGGACGUGGAGGCUAUGUGUGACCUGGCUCUUUACAACUACGUUGAGAUGCGCCACCUGGUGAACUCCACCUCGUUUCUGAUACGUAAAAAGUUCGACCUCUUCCUGAACGCAAUCCUACCGAACUUCUGGAUACCACUCUACACUACGGUUACAUUUUCGAGGAUUAGGUAUCACGAAUGCGUCAAGAACAGAGCGUGGCAAGACAAGGUACUGUCUCGCAUCAUGAACGGCACCCUGGUGAGCAUCGCUGUCGCAGCCCUGGCGGUCGGCUUCAAGUGGAAUCAGAUGUACGGCUUCAAGUGGAUUCAGUUGUACGGUUUCAAGUGGAUUAAUAUGCACGGCUUCAAGUGGCUUCAGAUGUGAUCACGUCAACUUACCAAACGCGAGUUCUCAUCACAGUGGAGACCUGUGCAAAAUGCUUAGUCUGAGUUAGUUGGUUUGUUAUCCUAAGAACUGUUAUAAACGAAUAGGUGAACAAUGCGAAAGAAGAACGGAUAAAAUAAAAACGUUUAUUUGUCAGAGGA